GUUCACAGGUCAGAGGUUGCUAAUGCGAGGGGAAGAUGGCGGUCGGCAGAGUGAGCCGUUGGCACCACUGAAUCACAUUUAGCAAACGGACAGUGUUGGCGACUCGGCGCCUCUGGUGCUCAUUUCACCGCUGUCUGGUAAGACUUUGGCGUGCAAUUCCUUCGGGGUAAUGGCGCUGAUGUGCGGCAUGUUAUGGCGGCUCUUGCUAGUUUUGGUCCACGUCAACAGAGCCCUUGUUUCCUGGCUCCGUGUCCGGCUUCGGAGCUGGAAGGGCCGGAUGUGGGAGCGGGCGGUGGCUGCGCUGCUGCUGCCGGUCGCCCUUGCUGGCUUCCCGGACCACCAGAGGAAGUUGAAUCGCAACACCGGUGCGAACGCUAACACGCUACCCGGCAGCGGCACUUCCACUCACCGCUCUCGAUGUCUGUCCGACGGCAGAUCUCUAGAGAAGCUGCCGGUCCACAUCGGCCUUUUGGUGGCGGAAGAAGAGCCGAGCUACUCUGACAUAGCCAACCUGGUGGUGUGGUGUGUGGCUGUGGGAAUAUCUUAUGUCAGCGUUUAUGACAAUCACGGUAUUUUUCAAAAGAACAACUCCCGCCUGCUAGAGGAGAUAGAGAGGAGGCAGCAGAAAUUUCUUGGUGGAGAUGGAUCUAAGCACAAUGUGGAGUUCCUGAGCAAUGGCACUGACAAACACCACAAUGUGGUGUCCUGCAGGCCGACAGUGAAGGUGUUGUCUCCAGAGGACGGGAAGCAGAGCAUCGUCCAGGCAGCGCAGCAGCUCUGUCGCUCUGUGGAGAGCAAAGAGAGGAGCUCCAAAGACAUCAGCGUCACCAUGCUGGAUAUACUGCUCAGAGAGUCAAAGAAUAUUCCUGACCCUGAGCUUGUGGUGAAGUUUGGUUCCGUGAACAGCACGCUGGGCUUCCUCCCCUGGCACAUCAGACUCACUGAAUUCAUCUCCCUGCCCUCCCACAGAAACUUGUCCUAUGAGGACUUGUUGGGGGCCCUUCAGCGGUACAGUGCCUGUCAGCAGCGGCUCGGCCAGUGACCUUCUUCAGGUCAACAGUCAGGGGAGAGUGUGGACAGGACCUUGCUGUGUCCUUCACUGGCCCUGUCCCCAUAUCCUGGAUCUCUAACAGACUAAAGGCGAGGAAGCCAGAACGGCCAGCAGCUCACUUCCUGUCAUCAGUUCUGGAAUUCUAACAAAGUGAAAUUUCCAGGACUCGUAGAACAUGUUCUCUGACAGAGAGAGAUACAAACCCGGCUCUGUCCUCUCACAGACUCUGUCAUUCAGUCUCCAGCUGCUGUGAAAAAUGACUUGCAUUCUUCACUCAGCAGACAACAAAGAAGAAAAAGAGAGGCUUUGUGCCAUCCUGGGAAAUACAGCUGCAUUUUAGGGAGAAGUUCAACUAGCAGCACCACAGGAGUUGAGAUUAGGGACAUAGUGGUUACUCAUGUGUAAAUAAGACAAAUAAAUGUGAUCUGUGUUUGUU